AUGAGCGUGAGCUCCCAAUAUCAGGUAGGGCAGUUGUAUUCUGUGGCUGAGGCCAGCAAAAAUGAAACUGGUGGUGGUGAAGGCGUGGAGGUCCUGGUGAACGAACCUUAUGAGAAGGAUGGUGAGAAAGGCCAGUACACACACAAGAUCUACCACUUACAGAGCAAAGUCCCCACAUUUGUUCGAAUGCUGGCCCCAGAGGGAGCCUUGAAUAUCCAUGAAAAAGCAUGGAAUGCCUAUCCUUAUUGCAGAACUGUUAUUACAAAUGAAUAUAUGAAAGAAGACUUUCUGAUUAAAAUCGAAACCUGGCACAAACCAGACCUUGGCACCCAAGAGAAUGUGCAUAACCUGGAGUCUGAGACGUGGAAACAUGUUGAAGUCAUAUAUAUAGACAUUGCAGACCGAAGCCAAGUACUUAGCAAGGAUUAUAAAGCAGAGGAAGAUCCAGCAAAAUUUAAAUCUGUUAAAACAGGCCGAGGACCCUUAGGCCCGAAUUGGAAGCAAGAACUUGGACAUAAGAAAGAUUGCCCAUACAUGUGUGCAUACAAACUCGUUACCGUCAAGUUCAAGUGGUGGGGCCUGCAGAACAAAGUAGAAAACUUUAUACAUAAGCAAGAGAAGCGUCUGUUUACAAACUUCCACAGGCAGCUGUUCUGCUGGCUGGAUAAAUGGGUUGACCUGACUAUGGAUGACAUUCGAAGGAUGGAAGAAGAGACAAAGAGACAACUGGAUGAGAUGAGACAAAAGGACCCAGUGAAAGGAAUGACAGCGGAUGACUAAAGCCACCCCUUCCCUCUGCACUUUUUGCAAGACAGUGGUCAACAGGAAGGCCCAGCAGCUCCACCCUCCCAAGUGACAGGCCAUCUUCGGACACAGCCUUUCUCUGCCCAUUCUUCAGGCAACUUUCCAUCCCUCACUGUAGCUAAUUCUAGAUGCCCUUUAAUAUUGUGAACAAAUAGACCGUCUGGUAUUAUGAAGCCUGUGUAUAUGGGAGCCUGCUCCUCUGAGAUGUGGUGUGUAGGCUGCUGUAUUUACAGUUCCUCUCCCUCACAUUGUGUUCUUAUCCAUUUUUGUGCCCUCCUUCCCCAGACGUUAAUUCAAAGUGACAAUUUUUAGUCUUUUAAAAUAGCUGCCUUUUGUGACGUGGUGAUUUGAAUGAUUUGUUUGUUUUCAACCUUGGGAUAAAUUAAGGUAUUUUGCUUCCUGAGCAGAUCUUUGCAAUUUUUGUUUGAGUGCUCCUCCAAGGAGAGGGAAAUGUGUUACAAGUAGUCCCUGUCCUCACCCAGCCACUCUACUUUGGUUCUACAUAUCUACAGUGUGGCUAUAAUCUGACUUAGGCUCCCAGAAACUCAAUAUAGUGUUCUAGGCACAAGGAAGUACUCAAGCCCAAUUCGUGUUGAAAUUUUAAUAGAAACAAUCCAUGCCCCAAGCAUUGCAUCUUUGAUCACUAUUAUUAGAAUCGCCUGUGGUUUAUUGGCCCUCCUGUUGCCUACUCUUGUGUGAAUCCCUCUGCUGAGCCCGUAAAUAAUCCUGGGUCAACUCUACCUGGAGUGACCUGUCCAUUGUGGCCCUUAGAAGUGAAUUUACCCCAGAAUUAGUCUGCCCCCGAGGAGCCCUGUAUGUCCACACUCCUCAUCCCUUUUGGGCUGGUGCUGCCACUCAGCAAUAAUCCUCUUUUCUCUGUGCUUUCAUAGAUUCCUGUCCUCUGUCUUUGAGGCUGGUCAAGACUCAAGGGUCUUGAUCUUUUCAUGCUGCACAAAACAAGCAUGCAAAAAGCUUUCCAGCAGAACAUGUUCCUUCUUGUCUUCAAUUGCUGUAAAGGAAUUUGGGGGAUCAAGAACUCAGCUCAUCCUGUCCCCAUGCUGAGUUCUGUCCUGGACAAUCAAAAACAGGUAGUGACUGUAGUACAGAAUUUCUACCAAAGUCGACUGGUGAGAAAGUGCAGGCUCCAAGGGAAUAGAAGCUGCUUGACGCUUCAGUUUCCUGCAACUUGGUGUUAACCUUCCCACUGAGAGAAUGGAGAUAGCUGUGAUACCUAUCACCUGACAGUCCCCAAAACUCAUCAAGUCUGUCGGCAACUGCACGGUUAUCCUAGUCCAUGGUGGCCUGGAUAUUACUGAUGGAGAGACCAAAUCUUUUUUUGGGAGAGAGAAGCAGAAUGGGAUGACUUAUCUUUAUGUUUUUGUCCUUUUGUUUUGCCUUACUCGUUUAAUGUGCAAUAAGGGAAUAUCUCUGGAUGGUACUAACAUCCUGUGAUGGACAGUGCUUCCCUGUGAACCUCUUGAAGCAAGGGUGAACAAACUCAAAUCCCCUCAGUAUGAUUAGUUAUGACUAACAUGGAUGGAGGUCCCAUUGCAACCAGAUGUCCUAUUACAUCUUCCUUUUAAUCUGCUCACCUUGUUGAUUCUGUAGUGACGGAAUUGGAUCUGGGCAGUUCCUUUGGUAACUGGCAUCCCAACUUGCUAGUAACAUUUGACUAAAAAAGUCGAAGUGGCAUUCCCAUUGGAGAAAAAUGUAUGUUUUCCUACAAGCUCUGUAUUAACAUUAUAUAUUUGUGUUUAAGCUUUCCCUUCUUUGUUCAUCAACCAGGUGAAAUCCAGAAUUUAACUCUGUGAGCAACAAAUGCUAUUAUUCUACGCAGACGUUUAUGUGCUCUGAGGGGUCAGCAGAUGUUAGGCUCCUCUUUCAGCUCUCCUUUAAAUCCAUAGCCCAUCAUAUUACUUAGGCUCUAGUGGAAGCCUGCUCCUGUCUACCUUUGUCUGGCUCCUCCCACUUCUGCUAGUUGCCCCAGCUUGAAAAUACCCACAUGACUGAAGCUAGAAUUUCCAGAGGUCGGUCAGCCUGGACCCAGGCCUUCUGCCCACAUUGCCCACAUCAACAUAAAGGAUGGAGUUCCUGGUCUAUUCCAUCCUCACGGAGUGUUGCUGCUGGGCAACAGUAUUGGCUUCUUUUAAGUAACCUCCUUCUCUCCUCACUCACCCUGGAACUUACUACCACUUAGAUGGGGUUAUAAGGCUCAGUUCCAGGGGUGUGCCAUGCCCCCCAAUCCCGCAGGCCAUCUGCUUCCAUAUUCCUGGGUGAAGUCCCUGGAAGAAGCAGUGUCUCUGCAGGGGGAUGCUGGGCUCUAGCCCCCUCAUGGAGAGGUUGGGGACAGGGUCAGUAUUGUGGGCACAUGCAUAUCUUACCAAGUUCUCUCUCAGUCCCUGCAGGGACUCCCUAUUUUUGGUUUGUUCCCAGUGCUUCUUUUACAAAAUACACUUUGUAGAAUUGAUUAGAUUAUCUGUUUAUUUAAUGUGAGUUUGUGCCUUUUUGUCUCAAUCUUCCAAUACAGGUAUAUUGGGGGGGAAAAGCAGUCUAAUAAAAUCCUAGACAGAG